GAGGCCUCAUGCAUCAUCUCGGCAAUCAUCUGCCAACGCCUCGGAGCUUCUCUCAUACAAACACAACUGCUCUGAAAGAAUCCCCUACUACACUGCAUUCAACUUCGCCAUGUCCGAAGCAGCUAUUGAAUAUUAUGACCAUGCUUAUGAUCGCGACAGAGAUAGAAGACGACAAAAGUUCCCUUUUGUGAAGCUGCCCGAACUCCAACAGCUGUCCCCAUUGCACAGGUUGGUGAUUUCUGGAGCUCCCAUUGAGAUGGUCCGUUUGGUGUAUGAGGCUGAUCCAGCUGCGAUGAAUGAGGAUGUCUUCAAUGAUGCUUGUAGAUGGAAUACAAAGCCGGAUGUCAUUGACUUUCUCGGUAAACUUGUACCCUCCGCAUCCACCAAUCAGGCAAUUUCUGAGAUCCUGUUUGACUUUUUUGAAGAUCCCAGGGAAAAGAUUCACGAGGAGAAUUUCAAAGUUUUAUUCACACUGUUCCCAGAAGCCCUGUUGUGGUACACGUAUCAAAGAAGAUCACCAUUGUCUGGACAAUUUGUACGAAGAACACCGUUUACGGACGGCAUGGAUUCGUUUCAACUUUGCGACGAAACCAAACUCCAGAUGAUACAGUGUCUCCCCAACACCACAACAUCCAUCAGCAUCAAUCUUUACGGGAAACAGAACUUGAGACCUGCUGUAGUAGCAAAGCUUUUUGAAAUGCGGAUGCGACUAAGUCAUUUGUCCAUUUUCACUGAGGAAGAGGAUUGUCAAGACCUGAUUCAAGGUAUUGGUUACAAUAUUCUUGGCGGACUAGAAAGUCUUACCCUUCAAGUUGCAGAUGCAAAAUCAAACGGUUCGUUCCUGCCACUUUUAAAUAUAAUUGCAAAAGGAGAUGAUGUUUGUCUGCUGGAGAAGUUCAAAGUCUUGGUACCCAUGCAGCAUGCAUUGCUAUACCAAGAUCGCAUGAUCGAAAUCCUUCAGUUCAAUACAGACCUGGUGGCUGUGACGAUUAGUGAGCACGAAAAUAGAUAUGACGAGGACACUGGGGAACCCCUCCCACCAAUUGUGCAUAAACAGGAUAAUAUUGACUACUACGCAACAUUGAAUGAUUGUGGCAGAUUUCAAUUUCAAGAUCCAGACGAGUUCUUGGACGACAUGGUGGACAGUUUGAUCAAGGUGAUAGCAAAGUACACCGAUAAUGAUCAUCUUGUCCCAUUUGCUAUCCCAGUGCUUUAUGCGCUCAUGGGGGAAGUGCCUGGGAAAUGGAGUGCGGUUAUAUGGGCAGAAGACGACAACGAACUGCCCAUGGAAGAUUCCAACCAAGACCGUCCAGGUCUCAAACGCGAAGCUUCUUGUUCCCUCGACCGAAAUUCUUGCAUGAAGGAGCCGACUAGUGGACGUGUCAUGCACGGUUGA